UUAAAUGUAAAACAUAUAAGAAGAGAGGAAUCAAAUAUGAAUUAGUUAUUCUAGUAAUUCAAAUCGUAGCAAUCAAAAGUUAUUCAUUAAGAAAUAAGAGUAAAGUUGAUCAAUUAGAAUCUCAAUAGUUCAAAUUUAAAAAAAGUUUUGAUUAUUAUUUGUGUUCACCGAAGUUCCCAAAACUUUUUGUUAAUAUUAAACUUGAAUUAUUCCGAUCAAGUUGACACUCUAAUUUUAAUUACAUUUGCUCGUUAAUUAUGGUACAAUCAGAAAGGAAGAAAAUUAACAUCAUCGGUGGAGGAGUAGGUGGACUUACCGCUGCCGCUCGACUUUCGUCGAUGGGCUUUCAGGUGACCCUCUUCGAAAAGAACGGAUAUUGUGGUGGUCGAUGUUCCAGAGUUUCUCGAGAUGGUUUUUCAUGGGAACAAGGAGCAAUUCUUUACCUUUUCAGUGACAUUUACGAGGAAACUUUUGCCGAACUUGGUGAAUCCAUUGAAUCUCAUGUGGAUAUAAUUCAUUAUACUGAUCAUCAUAAAGUUUUUUUCGGUAACGGGAAAACCUUUGAAUAUACAACAUCGAUGGAUAAACUCUUGGAAACGAUUGAAAUUUUCGAGAAAGAUUCUGAUUCUUGUCAGAAAAAUUUAAUCUCUUUUCUAAAAGAGUGUGAAAAGUUUCGUGACAUUGUCUACAAUCUUGUCUUUAAUUCAACUUACGAUUCUUAUUGGGAUCUAAUCAACGUAGAUUUAAUCACAAGGCUUCCGUCGAUACCCUUAGGCUCAUCCAUGUACGAUAUUGUGAGUAAAUAUUUCCAAUCGGAUGAAGUUCGUCAAGCAUUGACUUUCCAGGCUCUUUACUUUGGUAUUUCACCAUUUAAAGGUUCUGGUUUGUUCACCGUUCUACCGGCAACUGAGCUAUUAAGAGGUAUCUGGUAUCCAAAGGGAGGAAUGGUCAGUGUGGUCAAUGCAUUGGAAAAAAUUGCAACCCAAAAGUUUGGAGUUGAAAUUGUUUACAAUUCCUCUGUGGAUAAGAUUGAAAUUGACUCACAGGGAAAGGCCAUCGGUGUCCGUUUAUCAAAUGAAACCUUCCACCCAUCGGAUGCGGUCAUUUCCAAUGCCGAUCUAACUUAUACUUAUAAUAAACUUUUACCUCAAACAUCUUAUGGGGAUCAUCUUGCAUCGGUGGACAAUGUACCUUCAACGAUCACCUUUUUCUGGGGCUUAUCGAAACAAUUGACACGAUUAAAGGCUCACAAUAUAUUUUUACCUCUUGAUUAUGAGAAAUUAUUUCGACAAAUUCAUGAGGAUAAAAUUGUCCCUGAUGAUCCAGCGUUUUAUAUUCAUAUUGCAAACCGAAUGGAUCCAGAAUUGGCACCGACGGGUAAAGAUGCGCUUACAGUUUUAGUACCUGUUGGAGCGAUGGCCGAUUCAUCCGUUAACUUUGACAAGUUGGUUCUCCAAUUGAAAGAGAAAAUAAUUAAUUCUCUUGAAAAUCGUCUUGAGAUAAGUGACUUUUCCUCACUCAUUGAGACUGAACUUGUUGAGACACCAGAAACAUGGGAAUUUAAAUACAAUGCAUGGAAAGGAACAAUUCUUGGGAUUAAUCAUAAUCUUACAAAUUUACUCGCUUUCAGACCUUCCCAGAAAAGUUCAUUCUUUAAGAAUCUCUACUUUACUGGAGCAUCAACUCAACCUGGAGCUGGAGUGCCCGUAGUAAUGAAAUCAGCACGUUUACUAGCACCUAAGAUUCAAGCAGAUCUUAGAGAUGAUUGAAUACAAAAUGGUGAACUUGUAAAUC